GUAAGAGAGAGAGGGAGAGGUGCGCCCAGGCAGAUCGACUGAAGAGCGUGUGUGUGCAAACUGGGAUGAGUAAAUGCACCGGGCGACUUAGCUGUUGAUACAGCCAGAGAGAGAGAGAGAGAGAGAGAGAGAGAGAGAGCGAGAGAGAGUGUGUGUGCACGAAAGCGAGAGAGAGAGAGAGAGCGAGAGAGAGAGAGAGUGAGAGAAGAAGUGAAAGGGAGAGAAAAGAGGAAAGAAAGAAGCAAAGAAGAGAAAGGGAGGAUACUACAACUACAACUAUGCUGUGCUGCAUAAGAAGAACCAAACCGGUGGAGAAGAAUGAGGAGGCUGACCAGAAGAUUGAGCAGGAUGGCACCACCAACAAACCUGAGGACAAGGCUCACAAGGCUGCUACCAAAAUACAGGCCAGCUUCCGCGGACACAUAACUCGGAAAAAGAUGAAAGAUGGAGAGGAAGAGAAGGAGGAAGACAGUCCUGCUGCUGCAGAGGCAACAGAGGAUGGAGAGGAGGCAAAGAAAGCAGAGGGUGAGGAGGCACCUGCAAAGGAGGAAGCUGCAGGAGAGGAGGCCAAGAAGGAGGAGGAGUCAAGCCAAGCCAAAAGCCCAGUGGCAGACAAGCCAGCUAAUUCUCCUGCAGCUGCAUCCCCUGCAGACGCAGCCACGUCUCCAGUAGCGGCGGCACCUGCUGCUGUCUCUCCUACGGCCGCCACAGCGCCCUCUGAGCCCCCAAAAGAGGAGCCAAAGGCAGAGGAGAAAGCUGAGGAGAAGCCCAAAGAGGUGGAGGUCCCAGCGGCCAAGAGUCCCACUACAGCCACAGCUGAGGACAAAAAGGAGGAGAAGAGUGAAGAGAAAAAGGAGGAGGCCAGACAAGCCGAUGUGCCUGCUGCUGUCAGCCCGACAGCUGAGAAGGAGGAGCCUAACCAAACAAAAGAUAAACAAGAUGCUGCAGAGGAGUCUAAAGCAGAGGAGGCCACCCCGGCUGAUGCAGCAGCGGAGGCCACCGAGUCCAAGGACGACUAAGUUUAACCUUAAAGAAGCAGAAUUAAGAGUAUGAAGAAUAACACAAAAACAAAAAUCUAAAAAGGUUGCUCUUUGCCUUCCCGAUGCGAAGGCAGUCCGUUUCUAUUUGUUUGUCAUUUUUUGUGUGGCAAUGAUUUUCUCAUGUUGGGGGAGUUUCCAGCGUGAAGUUUUUUGGCUCAAGCUAAUACUAUGAGAAAGUGGUGAUGAUGUUGUUGUUGAUGAUGCUGAUUAUGGAAAGUGAUUGUUACCUUUGAUGUUGAUGUUGAUGGCGAGGAGGGUUUGAUUUGGAACAUCUUCACUAUUUAUUGUGUGUGAAUCAGUGGUAGAAUGAAUGCUCCCAACUGGAGAUUUACACAUUUAAAAUGCAUUGCAAAUGCACUCUGCUUUAUUUGCAUAUUGCAAUGCACCUCCUUUAAACACACUUUGCAAAUAAAAUCUGUUCUUCUGCACAUGCACACAAAAACAGGCUAGUUUUUAAAAUAUAACUUUAGUUUUCAACACCGUACAAGUGUUUUGAAAACACAGCAAAUAGUUAAUGUUCUGACACAUUGGGUUGAGAAUAGAAUGUAUUAUUAAAUGUGUGAUAUUUCCAGUUGGGUUACUCUAUCCUGGAUCCAAACGAAUCAUACAGGACGAGACUAUUACUCUCUCUAUAUAUAUUCUGCUUGAGUCGUUCAAGCUUGGUUUACACCCCUUUUACAAACUGUUUACUCACAUUUACAGUAAAGGACCUGUUGCCAUUUAAAUAUAUUAAAUAUACAAAUCAGCUAUACUACUGAUGUAAAUGGCUUUUACAUGAUGAUUUGUGUUCUGCCAAACAAUCGUGAGAACAGUAGCAUGAACCAUCGAACCAGAUGCAUGAUGGGAACUCUCCCUCUGAGAGGAACUUUUUCGCAGUCACAAAAACUUAAGAGGUGUGGCGGCUUCUUUUUGAUGUCUUUGGUGUUGUUAUGACAGUUUCUAAGAAUUGGAAAAAUACUCUUGCACUGAUGUUAAGAAAAAAGUCAAACAAAAAUCAAACGAGCAAAAACAAAAAAUACUUUUCCUAUGUUCAAGUGAGUGCAAUGUCCAGUUUCAACCUUAUCAAGGAGUUCAAACUUGUGAGAAAAAAAAAUAUGAAAAAAAACUAAAAUGGUUUCAAUGUCUGUUUUCAAAAUAAAGCAAAUGUGCCAAUUACCA